AAUAAGCCCAAAACCUUGUUUGAAACCCUACAAUCGUCGCUCACAACCGCUCCCCUGCUCUGCACCAUCACUACCGACAGGUUUUUGGUCCAAAAUGGAACAUGGUUCAUAUCAGGAUCAAUCAGCUUCAACUUUUUCUUUGGCCGAUGAAGAUCAUACUCUGGCAAACUCCCUAAGAUUCACUCUCAACCAAGAUCCAAGAGUUGCACUUUGUGGAUACAGCAUUCCUCAUCCCUCAGAGGCUAGAGUAAACAUAAGAGUCCAAACAACUGGUGAUCCGGCAAAUGAAGUAUUGAAAGAUUCAUGCCAAGAUCUCAUGCUGAUAUGUCAGCAUGUCCGAAGCACCUUCGACCAGGCUGUUGUUGAUUUCAAAAACAAUAAUGGCGCUGAAAACCAGUAAGAUCUCUGUUUUUGCCAUGGAAGUGCAGCAGCAGUCACUCUUGUUUGAUACAAAAUGUAGGUUGAUGAGACCUCUUUCUGUUUCUAUUUACCCGCAAGAGUGUAUAGUUUCAUAUUCAUAUGGUCUGUUAUGCCUGGUGGGAUUUGUUUUAUUUCUUCUUGUUAUAUGAAUGAAAAGUGAAUGAAAAAUCUAUGCCUUGGUUAC